UUCAAAUUUUAAGCAAACAAUUCACGAUGUACGUUAUUAAAGUACUGUAUAAUGUUAUAACAAAACAAAAAUCACUGAACUUUCAUUUUUUCUUUACUGGUGAUGUUAUAAAAUGGCCAUAAAUCGGAUUUUCUAUAUUUUUAUUCUAACAUAUUUUCCGAAGAUAAGCAUUGUUCAAACCACGGUUCCAGUUUUUUCAAACAUAAGUGUGCCGAUACAAGUCCGGGAAGAUGCCACGACAGAAACACUGCUCGAUUCGUUCAACGUCAUCGAUCCUGACGGUAGUGACGUGACGUCAUGUACUCACAGCGGGGACUCAGGAGAGUUCGACAUCAGGCAGAACAUUGCUGAUAAUACACUAUUUGAAUUGUACGUGCUGACAGGAGGAGGAAUAGAAUACGACACAUUGCCCUCGUUCACUCUCUCAGUAUCGUGCACUGAUACCCAGUCAGAGAUCGGAACAACAAAUAUACUGAUUGACGUCAUUCCAAAUCAGCCUCCAUCUGUAACACCUGCAACAUCACCGAUCUCAGUCAACGAAAACAUCGAUGUACAAACACAGCUUUAUACACCAAACGUCAGUGACGUUGAAAACGAUCCGUUUGUUUGUGACGUCAAAUACAGUAACCCGACGUCUAGCAUAUUUGAUAUGUGGUGGAAUUCAACAGCUUUGGAAUAUCAGCUGUAUUUAAAAAGCAAUCCAGGUUUGAGCUUUAGUACAACCCCUACAUACACUGUCACUAUAGAGUGUUGGGACGACUUUGGUUCCUCCACAUCAGAUAUUGUAGUAUUCAUAACACCAAACUCCGCUCCAACGUUCACCAACCUUCCAGGUAAUAUAAAGUGA